CAACAACUUUGUUUACAGGCGGUCUGUCAAAUAUACAUUCAUGACUGGAACUUUGACACGAUAUAAUGUGUCUGUUGAUGAUGGUUUUGUCAGGGAAAGUACGACAUUCAGAGAAUUAAGUAGCAAUGCGAAAUGUAUACUAGCCAACAUACUGUCGAUAACAAAUGGAGACUUAGGGAAAACGGCUUCAUUUUUAGAUAAACUUUUAAACGAGACUCAAGAAAAAAUUCGAUCACUGACAGACAAUGAUAUGAGUGAUGAAGAGUUUUAUACAAGGCUAACUAAUCUGAAAAAUGAGCACAGAGAUACUCUUGAUAUAAUUGAGCAGCUUUAUUUAAGUUCAGGUAAAUUCACUGAAGACUUGCAGAAGGGAGAUAAUAUUUCGGAAGAAGUAGCCUCAAAUGAAGAGAAUCAAAGUCCUCUUGAAAGCCCCAAGGAUAUUUGUCGAACUAAUAAUUUAGUACAACGAGAGGAUUACUACGAACACGAUAGAAGUCAUAUGUUCCUUCCACAGGCAAAUAAAUGUCACAGUUUUAAACCCGAAGUCAACUGCUGUGAAGUAAUAAGAACAGGGACUAGUGAAAAUAGAACAAAUGUUGGUGACGAUGACAAUAAUGAUGUUGAAAAUGACUGUAACACAUCAUGUUCCUCUUGGAGACACCACAUUACUAUACCAGAACCUUUUGCGAUGACAAAACGAGAAGAAGCCCUAAAACAAAGCAAGAAUGCACAGUAUGAAAAUGAAAUGUCUACGUCUAGUGUUGUCCAGAAAGAUAGUGAUAAGGAGUGCAACAAUCAAUUUAAAGCUAAGCCAGUCCCUUCACACGUGUACUUACCACUGUAUGAGAAAAUAAUGGAGAAAAAUGCAUUAAGACGUGAAGCUGUUAAAGCGUAUAGCAAAGAAAUUUUAAAGGCAACUGAGAAGCCGUUCACUUUUACUAUUAGAGAAAACCUGAAAAGGGAACAAAAUGAUUUCAGUCGGGAUAAAGAUAAGUGGCUGCAUAGAAAACAAACCCCAUCACAGUUUAAAAAUGACAAAUCUAUAGACCCUUUAAAGUUACCAUCACAAUUAUAUGAAAAUAGAUUUGAGCGUAUGCAAGAGGAUUCAUUGUUAAACGAGGUUAAACGUCAACUACGCGCACAAAGACUCUUGCAGUCAGCAUCUUUACCACCUGGUAUGGAAGAACGUCAACAUCUUAUGAAUAUGCGUAAAUUAGAAAGGAAAGCUAGAGAUAAAAGGCUGAACAGAAUUAGUGUAUUGGAUUUAGAUAAUGCUGAGACAGGAAAAAAACAAUAUCAAUAUUAUCAUCCAGCUCCAGACUUUAAACAGCUACAUUGGAAGUCGAGUAAAGCCCUCCGACGUUUAUGGAAACCACCACCAGAACCAACUAGACCUAAAUCAUUUAAAUUACGAACAAGUGAACGGGCUAGUUCAGCUGAUCGUCAAAUGCUACAAAGUCAAAAAAUAGAAAAGAAGGAGAAUGAAAACAGGACUCGUUCUGCAACAAGACAAAUAGUUACACAUGAUGUCAUAGAACCAGCUUUAGCAAGAUCAACCUUUUUGCGAGAGAAUUAUAUACGAAAUUCCUUAGCGAAAGCAGAUUUAGAUGCAAAAAAGAAAGAGGAAACAGAACAUUUAAAACGAUUAAAAUUAAAAGAGGUGUCAAAUACAAUGAAAGAGACACUGGGUGGACAAAUUAUAUCGCCUAAAAAGAUAAUAGACUCUAUCACAGAAGAACGUAAACGUCAGCUGAUUCAACAGGAUUUAGCACGUCAAGCUGAAUACAAACGUGAAUUGAAUGCCAUUAAUGAACGCGUCGCAUCGAAACCAUUGCUGAUAACACGACAGAAUAAAAUAAUAGCUCGUAAACGUGCAGAGGCGAAAUUCGAUUCAUGUGUACGAGAUGCUGGAUUAGAUCCAAAUGAGGUGCUUGAAAAGAGUAGUGAAUGUAAACAUCAGGAUACGAUAACAAAUAAGAAAGGCAAUUUGACGAAAGAUAUAGUAGAACCUUAUGACCCUGAAAAUCACUUUGGUGACCUUGGAAACAACUAAAACAACAGACUAGACGGAUAUAAAAAUUGUCAUUUUAUGGAACUUUAGAGAAAAAAGAACAAGAACAACAUUGUCUAACCUAAUUUAUUCACUAAAAUUUCCUGUUUCCGGAAUCACUAAGAUUGUAUUUAUUUAUCAUUUUAUUUCAUGCGGACUAAAUUAUUUUAAAUUAUUGUUAGGAGUUACUUUUUUCUACCAAGCAAGAUCUUUUAAUUCCACAUAACCUUUAUACAUUAAUUUGAUACAAUUUCCUUUAAGUAUCCUCACAAACUAACAUACUUUCUGAUACUUUAAUAGGAGAAUAUUUAGCAAAAUAAUUUUACCUACUUGUAAGUAGCUUAAUUGGAUAAGAACAAAAAGUUGACGGUGUUAUUAUAUUGUUACAUAGUAUUCACCAAAGAAUGUUAUACAAUUUGCUUCCUGUUAGUUUCUUCUUCUUUCAAGCUG